AUGGCGCCUUCGAAACUCGAGACCAUCUCCUUCACUGCCUUCUCUAACAUUAUUGACGGCCAGCUUCGUGGCUCCAAGGGUCAUUAUCAUGGCAUCGAUCCCACCACCAAACAAGCAAAUUGGGAUGUCCCCAUCGCCACGGCUGAUGAUGUGGAAGACGCCGUUGCCGCCGCCAACAGAGCCCAUGCCGAAUGGAAGGCCAGCACCUGGGAAUAUCGAACAGAGCGUAUUGCGCGCUUCAAGGAUGCGUGGGAAGCCUACGAGGAAGAACUGACGAACCUACUACUGAAGGAAACGGGCAAGCCGAGACAAUUUGGUUCGGCAGAGAUCAAGUCGGCCUCGCAGUUUAUCGAAUGGCAUGUCGGUUUGAAGGAACCCAAGGGCGAGACGUACGACUUUCCAGACAAGAAGAUCGACCACAAGUUUGUACCGCUGGGCGUCGCAGCGGCCAUUUGCCCGUGGAACUUCCCUUUGCUUCUCAGCUUGGGCAAAGUCCUACCAGCCGUUCAGAUGGGCAAUGCCAUCAUCGUCAAGCCUAGCCCCUUUACGCCAUACACCGCGUUGAAAAUGGUCGAGAUCGCCAAUCGAGUCUUUCCACCGGGCCUGGUGCAGGCACUAGGCGGCGACGACAAACUGGGCCCGGCUCUGGUUGACCACCCGGACAUCCACAAGAUCAGCUUCACCGGAUCGAUUGCCACAGGCAAGAAAGUGAUGGCCGCAGCCGCGAAGACAGUCAAGCGCGUGACGCUGGAGAUGGGAGGCAACGAUCCGGCCAUCGUGCUUCCGGACGCUGAUAUUGCUAAAGCAGCCCCCAUGGUUGCCAUGGGCGCCUUCUUCAACACCUCACAAGUGUGCAUCGCCUCGAAGCGCAUCUACGUACACAGCUCGCAAUACGAGGCGUUCCUCGAGGCGUUGAUCAACGUGGCCAAGACACUGAAAGUCGGCACGCCCGACGAAGAAGGCGUCAUGCUCGGGCCGAUCCAGAACAGCAUGCAGUACGAGAAGGUCAAGGGGUUCUUCCGCGACGCGCAGGACCAAGGGUACAAGUUCGCGCUGGGGGCCGGGCAAGUGCCGGAGACGCAGGGCUAUUUCAUCCACCCAACCAUCAUCGACAACCCGCCGGACGACAGCCUGAUCGUGACCGAGGAGCCGUUCGGCCCCAUCGUGCCCGUGCAGAAAUACGACGACAUCGACGAAGCCAUUCGCCGCGCCAACAACAGCAGGGCCGGGCUCGGCGCCACCGUCUUCGGCAAGGAUCCCCAAUUGCUCCAGCGUGUCGCCGAUCAGCUGGAGGCCGGCAGCGUCUGGAUCAAUAGCUAUCCGGCCGCCGGGCCGCAGGCCCAGUUUGGCGGUGUCAAGGAAUCGGGCAUCGGCACUGAGUUUGGCACUAUGGGUAUCCUGGCCUAUGCGAAUGUCAAGGCGGUCACGACGUUCAAAGGAUAA